GUGAAGGUGGGAAUCGAAGCCAGUGGUUGAUGAUUUGGUGAGGCCUGGCUGUACCAUCUUGCUGUAUGUCCACCACGUUGCAUUGCUGUAUUGCGUAUUGAAAACAGCUUGACGGCGCUUCCUCUCUCCCCACAUCAUCCACUAUGGCAGAGGCUCUUGGAAUCGCAUCCUCCAUCGUCUCCCUCCUCGACGUCUCUCAUACUAUCGUCAAAUAUCUCAAAGAUGUCAAAGACGCACCCAAAGAGCGAGACGAGCUCGACAGGGAGCUCUCGAACCUUGCGAUCUAUCUGGACACGGUGCAUCGGCUCACCCAGACGGCGGCGGCAGACGACCCGUGGCUUGAGACGGUGCAAAGACUGUCAGGCCCUUUUGCACAGCUAGAUGAAUUACUGAAAAGCGUCAAGACGAAAUUGGAGCCUGCAUCGGAUGGGCCUUUGGGAAAGAUGAAGCAGAGACUGCUGUGGAAAUUCAGCAAGGAGAGCGUUGAGGAGGCUCUGAAGAAGAUCGAGCGGAUCAAGUCCUUGGUGAUGGUCGCCGUACAGCACGAUCAUGCGGCUUUAUCUCGCGCGCUCAACAAAACCUUGAUUACUGUCGACGCAAAGGUCGACGGCAUUUCGGAUAAUACCAAACGCAUCAAGGACGACGUAAACCUCGUAGGCAAAAAUGUCGUCAAGGUCAGCGACCACGUCAUGCGUAUCGAUGGCGAGCUAUCGCAAAUCCGAAGUAACAUGGAGAAGGACCAGGAUUAUGCUGGCAUGGUGAUGCGUGUUAUCUCUUCGCUCACUGACUCAAAUUUCAAGUCCAUACAAGCUGAAAAGCUGAGCCAGCAGGUGGUGGGGGAUGCUGGUCGCUUGUUCCUUCAGUCCGAACCGUUCCGACAGUGGGUAGACGGUACGGCAGUAUCGUCGUGCCUGUGGUUUCCCGGCGAUCCUGGUGUCGGAAAGACCAUCCUGGCGUCCAUCAUCAUCGACUAUCUGCGGUCGCUACCAGUGGACCAGGAGAAAAAGACACUCAUCCUGAGUAUCUUUUGUGAUUUCCAAUCUGGGGCCGCAAAACGCAUAGACAAGGUGCUUUGUGACUUCUUGGAGCAGCUUGUUCGAGACAAGGGCCUCUCUUCCGCGAUCCUAAUGUUCUAUAGCCAGUGUCUUCGUGACGGGACACAACCUUCCUUUAACGCUAUCACCAAAAUCCUUUCACAAGAGAUGGAAUCGUUCAACCAUGUUUGUGUCGUUCUUGAUGCGCUGGAUGAGUUCAUCAAGAAAAAGGCUUUGGCUAUGUAACUCUGCGGCGGGUGUUUUUUUUUGGAUUCGGCGUUUUAUUAACCACCACUACAUGUACACUAUUUACUAAGACACGAUGGAGGUACAACUUGUCAGGUUCCCUCCUUCCCUCUUGUCCCGACUCUAGUCCCUUCGAUCAUUGGUAUGAUUUCUUCCGGUAUUUCGGCGUGUUGUAUAGAGUAUGGAGUAUAGUAACAGACGUUUAUGUCACUUUUUCACUCUGUGUUGGGCUAAUCAAGUUGUUUCUGUGGUUGGCCGAGCCUGAAGCCGUGGAGUGUGUCGUGAGCGUGUCGUCCUAGUGUGUGUCAUGCUGGCUGUGUUCUCGUAAUGUGGAGGGGAUUAG